AUGCAAGUAGUGAAAGGUAAAAUCAAGCUUCUGCCCAUAACAAUUGUUGAUGUAGAGCGCAUUCAUACUGAUCAUGUGCAAGAUAUAUCCGCGGCCCAGACGAUAGUGAAGAUGAUUGACUACUACAGCCAACUUGAUCUGCAACAUACAGCGAUAGGCGUUGACGGCAGUGCUUAUGAACGACAAAUGGAUCGAGAAGAUGAUGGCUUCAUACGUAUAGUGGACCCCUACUUCAAGCAGGAUGUCGGUACUUUGCGAUGUAACGACCAAUAUAUCUUCGAAAGAAACAACGAAAGUCCGGGCAUUGAUAUAACAUUCGCCUGA